ACAUCGAAAAUAUCAAUUUGUGGAGCAAACUCAUUCAUAUAUGUUAAAGAAAAUCAUGUAACAAAGUUUAGAUCAAAUAGUUUUAGGAGCUAGAGAUUACACUAAUUAUCAAUUCAUAAAUAUUCAUGAUAAAUGCUUUAAGGGGUUAGGGGUAGUCAGAAUUUUCAAAAAAUCGAUUUUUUUUUUUUUGCAUUUUCUUAAAGUAUAAUAUUUUAAAAAUAUUGUGUGAAAAUUUGAAGUGAAUCCGACAAAUUCUUUUCGAGUUAUUUAACAAGUGAUGAAAAACCGAAUCAUGAUAUGUGUCCAAAAGGCGAAGAAUCUUGGUGCUCUUACCAGCGCGCUGAAGCAAGAGGAGAGCUUGAUACCUUUUCUCACGAUUAUUCUCCUUUACCUUCUGAUGUUUUAAAAGCUAUCAAGCCUAUAUACGAAGAUCUUAGUAAUGAAAAUUUACUUUCAAGAUGUGUAGGUGGAUUCAAUCAGAAUAAUAAUGAAAGCUUUAACCAACUAGUAUGGAAAAUAUGCCCAAAAACGGUAAAUACUAGUUUUACCAUCGUACAAAUAGCUGCAUACGUUGCUAUGUGUAUAUUUAAUGAGGGUAUAAAUUCAUUAUUAGUCUUGAUGAAUACACUAGGACUUAAUUGUGGGCCUAAUUCUCAUCGGUAUGCAGAAAGAAUGGAUGCUGCACGUAUCAAAGUAGCAGAUAAGCGCGCUAAUGAUAACACCCGAGAAGGUCGAUUGCAACGUAGGCACCAGCAAAUCGAUAUUUUGGAAGCUGCUAUGUCGGCUGAAGAGCUAUUAUAUGGUCCAGGAAUAGAUGACUCAGUAUGAAUCUCCAAGGACUUAUGAUGAUCACCGCAAAGGACUUCGGGAGGAACGGGCUCUACAAAAACAGCGAUAACUUUUUGAAUUAUUAAUUUUUUUUUUUGAAAUUUUCGUGAAGUCAAAUCGAAACGUGUUCUAAUAAAGCUAUGUUUUUAUUUUUGUCAAAUAAAGUAAUUAACUACAAAAAAAAAAUUAUUGAAAA